AUGGCGCGCGCCAGCGCCUCGGCCACGCGGCAGACGGCGCCAUGCGGCGCGCGCGUCCACCGCUGGGCACCGCCGCACCGCCCCCUCCUCCUCCUGCGCAUUGCUGCUGCUCUCACGGCGGCCUUCUUCUACUCGCGAGUGGGGGCGCUGUCCGCGGACACGAUCUGCGGCAAGAUUCCGGGACUGACGCCACAGCAGCGGGCGCUGUGCCGGAGCCACCCGGACGCGAUGGUCGCGGUCGGCGAGGGUGCGCGCCUGGGAAUCGGCGAGUGCCGGCACCAGUUCCGAUUCAGCCGCUGGAAUUGCUCGGCGCUGGGGGAGGAGACGGUGUUCGGCCAGGAGCUCCCAGGCGGUAGCCGAGAAGCGGCCUUCGCGCACGCCGUGAUGGCGGCGGCCGUGGCGUACGCCAUCACGGCGGCGUGCGGCCGGGGCGACCGGAGCUGGUGCGGCGACGGCGCCAAGCAGGGCGGCUUCUACGAUGCACAGGGCGGCUGCUCGGCCGACCUCAGCCACAGCCUCGAGUUCUCGCGCCUCUUCGUGGACGCGCGCGAGGUCCAGCGGAGCGCACGCACGCUGGUGCUGGAGGAGAAGAUGAAGACGGUGUGCAAGUGCCACGGAGUGUUGGGCUCGUGCACCACCAGG